UAUACGCUUGACCCCUUUUGGAGAAAAAGAAAUUAACAAAAGUCAUUACUAUAAAAUAAUUAAGAUUUAUACCAUUUGAUUCAGGUCUGUGCUUUAUAACAAUGAUUAAAAUUGUGGCGUCAGUAGAUGAUGAUGGGUUUGAUCCCAAUAGCAGAGUAUGUGUGGGUAAACAUACGAUACCAAUGGAUGAAAGUGUUAAUAAACCUCAAAUGCGUCAGUUUAAACCACUCACAUUCACAAAUCUCGAUAUUCAACCAAAAAAUAUUGUCCUGACCAAUGAUGGGCGCACGCUCAACCUCUAUCCAAACUAUACCAAAAGUCAAGUCCCUAUAAUAUCUGGUGGACCUCUGGAGGAUAUUGGCAGUUACCGUUUUUCCCGUAUGUACUUUUAUUGGAUGGAACGUAGUGAUUCGAAAUACAACUAUGGAAACAUCACAUUUCCGGCUGAACUUCAUUUGGUUUUUUUGAAUGUAAACCUCACUGAGACAUGGCAAUCGCUUCGAAGGGACAAUUGCGUCGUAGUUCUGGCUUAUCCUAUUAAGGUGGUAGAAACUUCUUCAAAUUUCUUCUCCGAAAUUGUCAACCAUUUGCCAGUGAUAAGAGACACAGACACUUUCACAAAUCAGCUACAAGACAUGGAAUUCGCAUUGAACUCCAUCAUAGGAAAAGAUACAUCGAAUUUCUAUAUCUAUCAUGGGAAUAUGUUAAGUAUCGCCUGCGUAAGGGAUAUUACCUAUAUUGAUUUCCCUACGGCGGUCGAAGUAAAUCUGAAAUUCGUAAGUAUGAACGAUAUAUUGAAUAAUACUAAGAAUCGAAUGCAAUUAACAGAGUAA